AUGCCACAUAAGGUCAGACUUGACCCCACAAGCAUCAAGAACCCGAUGCUCCGGCUCGACUGUGCCGGCACACUGCCUCCUUGCGCCUGCUGCCAGCAGCCGUCGCGGCCCGUGGUGCACCAGAGAGAGAGGUCGACGCGUUGCCCCCGCCGGCGACCCCGCGCGGCUCAGGCCGGCCAGAAGGUGUGUGGUGACGGCACCGUGGCAGGAGUGCGGAGAAGAGCUCGCCGAACGCGAGCAGCAGAUGGCCAAAGUGUGCCAGCGCGAGAGCCUCGCGAACGGGUGCAGAAGGAGCUUGCCGUGACACGAUGCCGGGCGGUGGUGGUGCUCCGGCGACUGUGCACAGUGGGCAAAGCCAGGCUGCAGCAGGGCAGCACGAUGGUAGUGCCCUGCUGCAGCCUGGCCUGA